AUGUUCCCUGUCGUCUUCCUCAGUCUACUCUCAGGUCUCCUAGCCCACGGACUACAUCUCCCUGUUGCCCGUUCUCCCGAUUGCGAGUCGUUCUACGCAGCCUUCUCAGGCUCGACUCUCCCCAAAGGUAUGGUCGCAGUCGGCCAUGGAAACACGUACGAGGUUAGCUCGGGCGGGUUGCAGAUGUACCUGGACCGUCCCGAAGGAGAGAUCCGCACGAAAGGCGGUGAGAACGACAAGAUCGCCGAUGGGGCCACGUUCAACUCGACCUUCUCCUUCAUGUAUGGGAAGGUCACGUACGAACUGAGCGCGCCGACGCAUCCCGGGGUCGUUACCGCCGCUAUCUUGAUCGCGGACGAAGGAGACGAGAUGGACGUCGAACUUCUCGGCAGUGAUUCGUCGCACUUCCAGUCGAACAUCUUUGCGCCCCGGCCUCAUGAUGACGGACCGCUAUACGGGGUCUUCAGCAGUGUAGACAGCAUCCCUAGAGGUAGCACCGAGGACGUACAUACCUACAGCAUAGACUGGAAUGCCGAACGCAUAAUAUGGAGCGUAGACGGUGAAGACAUCCGGACGCUCAAGAAAGGUAGGCUGCCUCUCGCAUUAGUUGCGACCCGUCGAUACCAACCUGCUCACAUGAUAUAUUUCCGUGGGGCAGACCAGACCAUGUACCACGGCACGCAACAUUUCCCCAGUCACCCUACGCGCAUACAGCUUGGGAUAUGGGACGCAUCGAGUCCCGCAGGUACCGCUGCGUGGGCGCGUGGGCCGAUUGAUUGGAAGACGGUUCCGAGGAGGAUCGGAGCGACUGUCAAGAGCGUUAAGCUGGAGUGCCAUUAG